AUGGCAAGGAAGAACAAAGCAGCAGAUAAAGAUAAAGAUAAGGAAAGUGAGGCUAAAGCCACCGAAGGAUCCAAAACUGACAACAAGGAAAAAUUAGACCCCGUUCCAAAGAAGGAAAUCGAAGAAAACAGCGAUAAAGAAACAGAAACAGAGGAAGAUGUUAAAACUGAAGUGAAAAAAGAGUCUGAGAAAAAAAAGGAGUCUGAAAAGGCAAAGGAGGAGAAAAACAAAGAACAUCAAGCAACGACCACUGUCGCCCCUGAAACAUUUUUGACCACAGUUGUCCCUACUCCAGUAAUUGAGAAGCCUCCAUCAGGUACUAUUAAUACUAACAUAACUAUUUCGAUCGCCACAGUUAAUACGCUCAUUGAUUCGACGUUAAAGUUCUUUGUCGGUGGCCUACAUCCCAACACAGAUGAAGGCGAAUUGUCCGCCCACUUCGCCAAGUAUGGACAAAUCCUGGCCUCACAAGUCAUGAGGGAUAUGGCAACAGGAAGACACAGAGGGUUCGGUUUUGUAACCCUAAAGGUACAACCAAACACGAUGAGUGUCUUCAAAGAUACACACGUUGUUUCCGGAAAGAGGGUUGAUGUCAGGGCAAUGCAAACUGAUGUUGCUGCUAGCUUGAGGAAGAAGAUCUUUGUAGGAGGGUUAUCAAAAGCCCUCAACGAGGAAAUGCUCCAAGAGUACUUUUCCAAAUUUGGAGAGGUCGACAAAGUUACGAUUAUGCGUCAACUUGAUGGGACUUCGAGAGGAUUUGGGUUCAUAGUAUUCAUGACUGAGGAAGGAGCUACGGGGUCACUAAAGAACCCAACUCACUUUGUGUAUGGGAACAAGGUUGAUGUUAGAGCAGCAGAAACUAGACCAAAGACAACAUCCGCAGCCCCUGCGACUACAGUAUAUCCCUACGGAGUGGUACAGAGCCCUGCUGACAUGUACUCAGCCUCGCAAAUGUAUCGACCACAAGCUGCUUAUGACCCAUCUCAGUACGCAAACAUGACCCAGCAACAGAUGCUCCAACAGUACCCACAGUACCAACUCUUGCAGCAACAAAUGGUUCAACAACAAAUGGCAAUGGCAGGCACGUACGGAAACUACUACUCAACCUCAGGACAACAACCAACCUCAAAUCAAACUGCGUCCACUUCAACAAAUUCUUCAAAUCCUUACGCUGCAACCUCUGCCACAACCGCAAACCCCUACGCAACGGCCACUGCUUCCACAGCUAACCCAUACGCAGCUGCCGCAACAACUACAGCAAAUCCCUACGCUACUGCGUCCAAUAACACAACAAACCCUUACGCUGCUGCUGCUACUACAACAGCAAACCCCUAUGCAGCCGCAACCGCGUCUGCCAAUCCAUACGCCGCUGCCUCAGGUAUUCAAACUUUUCAUUUAGAUAAUUUAUUUACAUCAAAUCGGUUAAUCAAUAAUUUAGUAGCGUAUGGAGCAUACCGAGGAAAGGACCAGUCUGCCUAUCAGGCUGGUGCUACCCACACAGACGUUUCAUCUUCAAGGGCCUACAGACAGCACCCAUAUUGA